AAAAAAAGGAAAAACAAGGAAUUAAAAGUUGCCACGGUGGCUGUGGAGGAAUAACUGGCGCUAGUCGCAGAAACCCGAGAAGCCCCAAUUGUGAUAGUUUGCUUUAAAUUUCUUUGGAGUUUUUGAUCGCCGACGAGAACCUUCCUCUGAUCGCUACCAGAGGAACACCCGCUCUUUUAACUUCUCAAUCAUGGCAAUGACGAUUGAAGGCUCGCAGGACUUGCUUUUAUGUUUUCAUCUAGCAUCUUGCUACAGAUCCUGGCUUGUGCAUUAUACAAUAACUGGUGGCCAAUGUUAUCAGCUCUCAUGUACGUCCUUGUACCUAUGCCUUGCUUAUUCUUUGGUGGUGGGUCCACUCAAUUUUUGACUAGCAGGGAUGGUGGGGGAUGGAUAGAUGCUGCUAAAUUUUUGACUGGGGCAUCUGCAGUAGGGAGCAUAGCCAUUCCUAUUAUUCUUAGGCAUGCUCAUAUGAUUUCAACAGGAGCUAUGUUCAUCGAGUUCGUAUCGUUCUUAAUUUUUGUCUGCACUGUCUUGUGUUUCCACCAUGCUAGUCUUGAAGAUGACUGGUGAUUUCGAGUUAGUAACUUAAGUUAUUUCGUUGUGGUGAUCUUCGGCACUGCUUAUGAUGCAACAAUUGCAAAAAUUAUGGUUGUGUAUACGAGAGGAAAGAAAUGGAAAAUUUGCCACUUUGUAAAUCUUUUCGAUGUAUAUUAUUAUUGUCAAAACGUGGUUUGAUUAACUUGUGUUAUAUUUUGUUUGGAAAAAAACAUCAUGUCUAAUUUAAUGUGUGGAAGCUUGUGCUUGAUAGCGAUGCACUGAUACACUUAUUUUGGAAUC